CUUAUCACUCCCAAAAUCUCCAGUGCUCACGGGAGGACAGGACACUGAGGCAGCACGCACACAAUGGAAUAAACUCCCAGAGAGAGAUCAACAGUAUCAGCUGUGAAACCCUCCGUGACUUCAUUUAAGUCUCCUUUUUUUGUUGUUAUAAUCUCUGGACGCUCAGAUCCCCAGCUAUGAUUCAGAGGAAGGAGGUCGUGUUUUCUGUUCUGGGGGAGCUGCAAGAGGCCACAGAGAGCUCCGGCCUGGAUGCUCUGACCAGAGUGGCCCUGGAGGUGGACCAGGUCCUCGCUCCCUUCCUGCUCCCCGAGGUCCCCUGUCAGGAUUUCCCUGAGUGGGCAGGCGUGGAUUACACAUCUCAAGGCCUGUACCCAGCCGAUGCUCCCAUGGGCCUCCUGCCUCUCAACUGCAAAGGAGAGGGCAACCUGCUGUUUGAUGCUGUUAGCAUGCAGUUGGUGGGCCACACUGGACUUAGCUUGGAGCUACAGGUACGAACAGUGUUGGAAAUGGUGCUGUGGAAGAGAUACUACCUGUCUGGGAUGAUUGAUUCAAAAGUGAUGCUGCAGGCUGUUCGCUUUGGCCUCUGCGCUGAAGAGUCUGAGGACAUGCUUAACCUGCCUGCAACUGUCUUGGAGGCCAUUUUUGAUGCAGAUGUCAAAGCUUCCUGCUUCCCCGGUUCCUACGCCAACAUGUGGCAUGUGUACGCCCUGUCCUCAGUCCUGCAAUUUAAAAUCUACUCGAUCUACCCCAUGUUCAACCUUAAGAUUCGACCCUAUUUCAACCGCCUCAUUCGCCCAAGGAUCUGGCCUAAAAACUGUGAGCCAGCAACCCUCCACAUCAUGUGGUCCGGCGAGAUGCAGCCUGACUCAGGGUUCAAGCCUAACCACUUUGUGGCACUAGUCCAGACAUGUGACCUCACAUUUGGAAGUCCUGACAGUGAGAAGAGUGUCUCGCCUACCAAGAGCGAGGAGCUCCUGAACCAGGACUUGCAGCUUUCUUACCCGGGUCUGAAGGACAAGUACAACAUCACCAAGAGGACCUUCUACCGCUGGAAGAGGCAAACGCAGGAGCACUGCAAAAAGUCAGCAGCCAGGUAUGAGGCAAAAUAUUUCCUGCAAGCCUGCUACUUGGAAGGCAGGCUCAUUCCUCUGCACCAGUUUAAAGAGUUUUUCCCUGAAAUCUCCAGGUCGUCGUACUACAACUGGAAGCACGAGCUGCUGAAAUCCGGAGGACACUUCUCCACAACGUCAUCGAAUGGAGAGAUUAGUCCUGGAGAAAGCACAGAGCAAGACACCUGGUCUUCGCCUGAAGCGAAGCAUGAUGAGCUGGACCACCAAGACAGCCUGGCCAGUAUGUUUGGCCUCGGCCUGAGCAAACUGGAUGUGGAGCGGGCCCAGAAUGUAGCACACAUGCAGGAAGCAAAGCGCUGUCUGCAAAAUUGCAUUGCCAUGAAUGCCUCCUUCCCCUUCAGGAUCUUCAAGAGUAAUUUCCCCGGGAUCUCCAGAUCAACCUACUACAACUGGAGGAGAGAAGCCUUGAUGUUCAACAGAGGUUACAAAGGAAGCACAGGUAGCAGUGAGGAAAGCUCCGAUGCCGACAAAAGUCCAAAAAGUCUGUUACAGGUUCUGCCUAACCUCAACCAAGCUUUCGUUCCCAGAAUGAGAAUCAGCAGGCGGAAAUACAGGAGUUUCAGGCUAGCAUACAUGAGUAAAAAACAGCUAAGAGAUGCUGCAAAGCUGCAUGUCCAGAAGUCCAGAUGUUCCCUGACAAAGUUCAAGCUCAAGUUCCCAUCCAUGUCCCCUUGCUUCUACUGGCUCUGGCGUAACAGUCAGACCGGCAAGAAGAAGAUCGUCAUGCAGAACGAUAAGGUCGACAUCCCCGUGAUCAUCGAGAACACGGUACCAGAAAAACAAAUCAUGGAGAUAAAAAUAGAUCAAAAUGUGUUCCCAUUUGUCGAGAGUCCUAAAUAUCUAGAAAGAAACCCCAUACCCUCCUUCCAUGCCCCACAUUCACAACAUAUCUUUCACAGCAAGGCCCCCGUGCAUGAGCAGAUGUUUGCGAUGGACGUUGUGGCUCUGGCCAACUUCAAAGCCAAGGCUAAGCUGUUCUUGCAGCAACGCUUCGAGGAGAAAUCAUUCCCCUCCUUUAAAGAGUUCAGGUCUUACUUCCCAUUCACCCCACGCUCAACAUAUUACAUGUGGAAGCGAGCUUUGCAUCACGGGGUGUCGCUGGUUCAAGGGUAACCAUUUGUGCAAUUAAAAUGUUCUUACAGAAGCAUCAUGAAGAGCUCUGUUUAAGAACUUCUUGGCCCAGGAAAUCUCACAUGCAACACUGUGCAUUUCACUGUAAACCAACCACCUACCGGUGUUGUUCAUCGUUUCAUGUUCUCAAAGAAUGUUAAGCACACUGAUUUAGCAUUUAAAUGCAUUGUGUCCUUCCUGUGCCCCACCAACACAGCUCAUUCCUCCCUCGUGGACAUUUGCACGUGUGUGAAAAGAAACUGAGUCGUGGGUCAGUUUAAACCCUGCAUGACGCCCUCCAGGCAAAAGGCAGUUCAAAGCUGUUGUUUAGUGGAUUUCGUUUGAAGCCGUUUUUCUUUUAUUCCUUGCUAAGCAUUGUACUCAGGGUCUUUUUUUCAAUUUUCAUUGUGGUAACAUUGUUAAUGCUUAAAUGUAUGAUUUGUUUUGCUGAUGCCUUUGCUAUUGAUCUGGGAGAUUUCUGGUUGUUUAAUUUUGUUUUCCCUCAGUCAGCUUUUGUUAUACAAGAUGAGUUGUCUCAUAUCUCUGUAAACAGGAUUCCAGUGUUUUUAUAUUCUUUACUCAAUUAUUGCAUGUAUUCACACAUUUUUGCACCAAAGUUUAAGGUGGUUUUCUCCAAAUGAAUGUUUGCUUCUGUUGAAGAGCAUUAUAGGAACUACGGGUUUUGUCACUCACACUGUAUUUGCACUGAAAUUCUUCCCAUCACAGUAUUGAAUGUAUUUCCUAAGCAUCAUGCACCUUCGGUUUCAUUUUGAAUUUUCCAACAAUUCUAUUUUUGAAAGAUGUUUACAUGUUUGUUUUUUUUACUUGAAUGCUGAAUAUAAAUGAAGAUAUUUUAUUUUUUGUACUAUCCUUCAUUCCAAAACGACCCGUUUCCUUUUUAAUAUUGGGGAAUAUUUGCCUUUUAUAAGCUAUGUUUGUUCACAGUCUUACAUCCAGUCUCCACAUAGACAAACACACUUUUGACUACCAUAUAGAUUACAGGUUCUUAUUUUUACCUUUUUGUAUUUAUUUCCCCCAAUUACAUCUUCUAAGUUGGUACUUGCAGCCUUCAUCAUAUUCAUUCAGUGGUUAAAGAAAUAUGUGCUGUUCAAUUGUAUAACAAUAAACCAUCGACAAGCAUCAUC